CCGGAUCCGGGGCCGCCGGAGGGGCGCGGGAGGCUGAGGGGAGGGAGGCGGCAGCAGCAUGGCGGCGGGGUGCGAGCCGCCCAGCCCUCUCCUCCGCUGUCGCCGCCGCCGUCGCCGCAGUCGCCGGGAGUCCCUGGUGUGCGCGUGUUGGUUGUAAGCUCGCCUGGCGCCGGUCGGCACUCACUUGGGCCCUCCUUCCUCGGGCCGCCCGUGCCAGCCCGAGGGUCGUGCCCGCCGGGGACUCGCCGUCCCGCCACACCCACCAGGCGGCGGCCCAGGACCAUGGAGGACGUGAAACUGGAGUUCCCCUCGCUUCCCCAGUGUAAAGAAGAAGCCGAGGAGUGGACCUACCCUAUGAGGCGGGAGAUGCAGGAGAUUUUACCUGGAUUGUUCUUAGGCCCAUAUUCUUCUGCUAUGAAAAGCAAGCUAUCUAUGCUACAGAAACAUGGAAUAACCCAUAUAAUAUGCAUACGACAGAAUAUUGAAGCAAACUUUAUUAAACCAAACUUUCAACAGUUAUUUAGGUAUUUAGUCUUGGAUAUUGCAGAUAAUCCAGUUGAAAAUAUAAUACGUUAUUUCCCCAUGACUAAAGAAUUUAUUGAUGGGAGCUUACAAAGUGGAGGAAAAGUACUUGUGCAUGGAAAUGCAGGGAUCUCCAGAAGUGCUGCGUUUGUUAUUGCAUACAUUAUGGAAACAUUUGGAAUGAAGUACAGAGAUGCAUUUACUUAUGUUCAAGAAAGGAGGUUUUGUAUUAAUCCUAAUGUUGGAUUUGUGCAUCAACUUCAGGAAUAUGAAGCCAUCUACUUAGCAAAAUUAACAAUACAGAUGAUGUCACCGCUUCAGAUAGAAAGAUCAUUAUCCGUUCAUUCUGGAACCACAGGCAGUUUGAAGAGAACACACGAAGAAGAUGAUGACUUUGGAAACAUGCAAGUGGCGACUGCACAGAAUGGCUGAUGCAGGAGAACAAUAGUGUGCUUGGAACAAAGGAAAUAGUGACAGUAAUAACAAACUGGUGAAACAAAAGGAGUUUGGUUCUGUGUUGCUUCCAGGCAAGGUCCUGCACGCUGCAUUGUAAGAUGUUGGACUUCUGCAGUACAUGGCACUGAUGGCUUUACUCCUUAAAAAAUUUACAGUUUUAUUAUAAACCAAGAAUUUUUGACUUGUAAAGAGGUAUUAUUGCAAUAAUGCACUUUUUCAUACUUGAAAUUCGUUUGUAUGAUAUAGUUAUUACUUUAAACAAAAUGCAAGUUAGGGGGAUUUGUUUAUAAAAUCUGGGUAAUUUAUAACAAAAAUUUCCUAAAAAUUUGCUAAAAAUUCACUUUCUGUUCUAUAUAUUACAUUUUUAACAUAAUCUUACGGUUUAGUUGUAGCGUGGAGCCUCUUACAGAAACAUUAACAAAAUGCAAGAAUUUGCCAUUUUCUUCUUCAGUCCCUGUUAUUAAUAAUGUUUAAAUCAUGAAAUUAGCCAACUGUUGUUGCUUUAACGUAAUCCAGUUAACUAAUGCUUCCUGUUACCUUCCUAAUUUGUUUAUUCUACAGGAAAAAAAAUGAAAGGAAGCUGUCUUGCUUUAUAGUAUCAGAUACUUAAAGAUUACAAGGAUAGUGUUAGAUUUUAAGUGACUUUUCCUUUGUUUUCUUGUAAAAGCCAAAUGUUAUAUUCCUUUCAGAGUUGCCUAGCCCUUUUUCUUUGUCCAAAAUGGUUCUAAAGAAAAUAAACCAAUGUAGCAUUUUUUUUCCUAAAUGAAGCCCCAAAAAAGAAGUGCCUUGUAUUAUUAAAAAAAGAAAUUAAAUCCUCACGACCUCUAAAUUAGUAUGUAGAAAAGCAAAAAGUUCUUUUACGUUUUUCUGUAAUGUAUUUUCUUUUAAAACCAUAAAUUAGUUUAAAUUGAAAGGGGGGGGGACUUAAAGAAACCUUAGUAAAUUAUUUGGGACGUGGAACCAUUUAAUUCUUUUUAUUGUCUUAAUGAUUCUGUGAGAUUGUUCCAGUUCAGGCUUUUCCUGGAAGAUGCACUUCAUGGGAAAAGUGAUUUGUGGGAGACCUCAAUGUAGUUUAGUGUUAUAAUCAGUUCUUAAAAAUGAAUUAAUCCAAACUUUCCCCCAUAAUUUGCAUUAGCAAAGACACUUUGGAUCUUUUGUUCUGUUUUUAUUUAUACGUAUAAAAAUUAUUCUAAGAAAAACAAUGUUUUUGCUAUUUUAUGUGUGAAGUGAGGAAAUAGAGGAGAGUUUUUACCUUUUUCUAGUUGCUUAGUGUAGCACAACAGAACUCCUUCAUGUAUCAUUUUUCUCAGUCCUCUCUUGAGGUGCUUCACUGAUGGGAAUGUUUUCAUACAUUCCCUGGUUACAAAGAGGUACGAUGCAAAGUAACCUGUUACACCUAGUUACUUGGUUUGCAUUCCUCCCUAUGUUGUAAUAACACAAUAAAAGCUUGGGGGGAGAAUGGGAAUUAAUCAAAGUUGCUCUAUUAAAAAUUCUGAUUAACCCA